AUCGAGUACAAGACUUAUUUGGUUGUUAUGAGCAGGCCUUGGAACUUUUUCCUGAUGAUGAAGUGAUUUGUAACAGUAUUGGGGAACAUCUGUUCAGCUACAACAGAAAACUGAGUGAUGACUUGGUUACUUUAUUUACCAAGGCUAAUUGAAGAGACCUGUGAAGUUAUUGAGAAGGGGAUCAUUUCCAAUUCAACAGGCUAAUCAUGGCUGUUUGGGGGUGGUAUUUAAUCAUAUCGUAAGCUUUACCAAACAAUCAGUGAGUAUUGAUUACUCAGUUGUACAAUACUGUUUUCUUAGAAUUGUGCUUGGAUACUGAGGAUAACAUGAAGACCAUGAUGUAGCCCCUGAUACUAAUGGCUAACUACUUGUGGAAAUAAGAUUAACAUGCGGGAUAGCAUUAAAUAACAAUAUAAGAUUUAAUUUUAAAUCAUUUGCUAUAAGUUUAAGUAUAAUUGAAGGAACUGGAAGGGGAUGGAUUGCUAGGGUUUGUAGUAACCAGGAAAAGUUUCAUGAAAGAGGUGGGCCUGGAAGGGUAGGAUUUAGAAUGCAAGUGGGAGGGCUAUCCGGAUGCAGAGAGGCACAUCUCUAUAGGACUAAGAGCAAACAGCUAAAUAUUUUUUGUUUAUCAUUUCACUGCUAGAAUGGGCUUUAGAGAUGAAGCAGCUGGGUAUUUCCACAAAGCAGUAAAGCUAAAUCCUGACUACAUUGAUGCAAAGGAGAAUUUUUAUCGUGUUGCAAACUGGCUGGUGGAACGCUGGCAUUUUAUCAUGCUUAAUGACAUCAAGAGGAAUAUGACUUAUCAUUCAGCAAUCCAAAAGGUGGUUCGCUUAGGGUGCAAGACUGUUCUGGAUAUUGGAGCAGGAACUGGAAUAUUAAGCAUGUUUGCUAAAAAUGCUGGUGCACACCGUGUCUAUGCCUGUGAACUGUCCAAGACCAUGUAUGAGCUCGCUUGUGACAUAGUGGCAGCAAACAAGAUGGAAACAGGGAUCAAAUUAUUACAUAUGAAGUCCCUUGACAUAGCUGUUCCUAAGCACAUUCCUGAGAGAGUUUCCCUAGUUGUAACAGAAACUGUCGAUGCAGGUUUGUUUGGAGAAGGAAUUGUGGAGAGCUUGAUUCAUGCAUGGGAACAUUUACUUUUGCCACCAAAGCCUAAAGGUAAAGAUGGUAAUUGUAAAGAAUAUGGACAAGUCAUACCUGCCGGUGCCAUUGUGUUUGGCAUGGCAGUGGAAUGUCCAGAAAUACGAAGACAUCACAGGGUAGGUAUUCAGGAUAUUGCUGGUGUUCAUUUGCCAGCAUCUGUGAAAUUUCAGAGUCCAGCAUAUUCUUCUGUAGAUUUUGAAGAAACAAUUGAACCUUAUACAACUGAAAAAAUGAGUCGAGUUCCUGGGGGCUAUUUACCUCUAACAGAGUCCUUUGAAACUAUGACAGUCAAUUUCAAUAAUCUUCAGGAACUAAAAAGUCUUGCAACCAGAAAUCCUCAUCAGCUAAGUAUUCCUGUCAUUCGGGAAGGAGUGUUAGAUGCCAUUAUAGUCUGGUUUGUGCUUCAGCUUGAUGAUGAACACAGUUUAUCAACCAGUCCUCAUGAAGAGACAUGUUGGGAACAAGCUGUCUACCCUGUGCAGAACCUCCCAGAUUAUUUUGUAAAGCCUGGAGACCUUGUGAUGAUGGAAGUUUCUUGCCUGGACUGUUACCUGAGAAUCCAGAACAUUCGUAUUUUAAAUGCUGAUCGUGGAAUGGAUAUAGAGAGAGGUUCCAACAAAAAUGAGGAAGAGUCCCUUGUUUUAGGUAGUGAGGCUGAACUCUGUAGUGCCCUGGCAAGCCUUCAAACCAGUAAACCAGAUGAAGUCAGGCAGACGUGCACACUGGAAUCCACAGAAAUCGCUUUGCUUAACAACGCUCCCUAUCAUGAAGGGUUUAAAGCUGCCAUGAGGAAAGUGCUGACCUCUCUGACCCCAGACAAACAGUUGCAGAUCAUGGACGUUGAAGGCCUCGGGGGGGAGGUGAACUCUGGAAAUGCCCAGGAUGGCAAUACCCUCCCUGACCCCUUGUACGUGCUGGAUGUCUCUGAGGGCUUUUCCAUUCUGCCCAUCAUUGCCGGCACGCUGGGGCCGGUGAAGCCUUACAGUUCUGUGGAGAAGGAGCAGCACCGGCUCACCCUGGACCUCAUUUCUGAAGCCAACCACUUUCCUAGAGACACACUCGAGUUUUGGCUGAGACGCGUGGAAGAUGAUGGCGCCGUUCUGCAGAGACCCAAGUCGGACAAACUCUGGGGCAUUAUCAUCUUGGAUGUCAUUGAGCCCUCCGGCCUUAUUCAGCAGGAGAUGAUGGAAAAGGCAGCAAUAUCCAGGUGCUUAUUACAAUCUGGAGGCAAAAUUUUUCCUCAAUAUGUACUUAUGUUGGGGAUGCUUGUGGAAUCACAGACAUUGGUUGAAGAGAAUGCUGUUCAAGGGACAGAGCCAACUCUUGGACUGAAUAUAGCACCUUUCAUUAACCAGUUCCAGGUUCCUGUACGUGUAUUUUUGGAUCUUUCUACAUUGCCCUGUAUUCCUUUAAGCAAGCCAACUGAACUAUUAAGAUUAGAUUUGAUGAAUCCGUAUUUGAACAAUUCUAACAGAGAAGUGAAGGUGAAGAUUUGUAAAUCUGGACAAGUGACUGCCAUUCCAUUUUGGUAUCAUGUAUAUCUUGAUGAAGAUAUUAGCUUGGAUACAUCAAGUGAAACCUCGCACUGGAAACAAGCUGCAGUUGUAUUAGAAAAUCCUAUCCCUGUUGAAAUAGGACAAGAGGUUGUCCUCAGCAUUCAGCACCACAAAAGCAAUAUUAGCAUCACUGUGAAACAGUGAAAGGCCUGCAGUCUGACAAUUAGAAUUUUAUGGUAUUAAUCAGUAGUGAAUUUGUGUUUCAUAACUGAAUAAAAAAAAAAAUCAUUCAUUGUAAUGGUCCAUCUAAUAUGUUUUUAGAAAAACAACACAGAAAUAAAUUUUUUUUUAUUUAAAAGCUCUUGUAUUAUAGGGUAACAUUAUUACAAGGUAUUGCUACUACCUUUCUGGCAAUUGGAUCAUAGUAUGGUUUUGCUUAAUUAGCAAAUCUUGUUAAGAUUAAAGGAAAUUCUUUUCAUUUUUUACUGUUCAAUUUUGCUACAGAUUAAUUUGUGUGAAACUUAUUUAUCAGCAUUUUUCCUAUGAUAGAUUUUAUCUAAAACUUAAAAAGAUGAGAAGGAAUCAGUAAAAAAAAAAUCAUUUAUCUCUAUAUUCUUAUGAAAAACCCUUUAGCAUUUUGAAGCAUCUUUAUCCUUUAUGAUUUUUAUAUCUGUGAGACAUCAAAGAGAACUGUUACCAUUUAUCUUUUAUCUAAACAAGAAAAGUAAAGUGAUACAUUGCAAGUUGAGUUCAGUUGCCAUCUUCUCUUUGAAGCUCUCAGUAUAUCUAGUAAUUUGUAACUCCCAUCAUGAUUUCCUUAUGUCUCUCAACCUACUUUUGAAAGUAGUUGCAUUUAGAGAGUGCAAAUUAAUUUUAAUGAUUAGAAUUCAAGUCAGACCCAUUUGGGGAGGUAAAUCUUUGAGGGGGAAACAAAACAAUUAGCUCAACUUAACUGAAAUUGUUUCUACAUUUUUCUACUUAUAGAGGAAUAUGUAAAUUAGAAAGUAAGCUUUUAAAAUCCCUGACUUCUGAGAAGGUAUUUAGCCAUUUUUUUCCUAAGGUUUAUAGCAUUAUUGUAAAAAAUACCUAAGAAUAUACUGAACAGAAUUUAAUCAUAGGCCAGAAUGAAUAGAAACUUCGGAAAAACAGAUACUCCCAAAAACAAUGGAACGAGGGAUAUAUUGGUUCAGGGGGAAAAAAAGAGUAAGGCAUGAUUGAUAUCAUGUAGAAAAAAAGGAUUUACGCAGGUCCAAAGCAGGAACAACAAAAGGACGGGUCCUUUGCUUGAGAUGGAUGGUUCAAUGUGAGUGUGCUCUUGUUUCUUCUUCGUGCUCAAGGAGGUCCAAUGACGACAUGACACGGGGGUCACCGGACAGUGUGCUUGGCCGAGCGAUUCGGUCUCAGCCCACUAAGUCACGCCCCAGGAGCAGGCAGGCUGUGUGGCACAGGUGGCUUUGCUCAUGGAGUCCUGAGCCACCUGGGGUGUAGCAUUCCAUGCUUGGGCCGCUUGGCCAUCUCCCAUGGCCCGUGAUUGAUCCUGAAACUUCAGAGAGAACUGGGCAUCCUUGAGCCUUGUGACUGGUAUGGGUGCUUGUCCUGUGCGAGUUCCCUCUAAAAUCACCUUUGAGGCAAAAGUGUGCAUGACACCUGGGCGACGGGGUGUGCUCUCUGUAAGAGCUGGAGUGCUUGGCAGUCCACACAAGAAAGGGCCUCUGUGUGUAACCUCAGAAAAAUUCCAAAUCUUCCAAAGACAAUUCAAGUUUUCUUCAGUAUUCUGGCUCUGUAGACCUUGGGUUUGGUGGGCGGCCUGGGAUCCCAAGCCCUGAUUUAGCUCUGGCAAUCACACCAAUUCCACCUCGGCAUACAUCCCUGAAAAGUACCCUGCUACAGUAAGUGAAUCUGGCCACAGCGUUCAGAAUUUCUCAUUUAGCGUAACGUUGUGGCGUGGGUGGGUGCAUAGAACCACUGUGCUCUUGUUGUUAGUUGUCUGGCCUAAACUGGCACCCAAGGCAGAGAAAUCCCCUACUCGCGCCUCUCAGUGUUGGGCUCAAGCGCACAAUCUGUGAUCAGAAUGUCAGAAAUUCCCCUCCAUUUAUUUAGUCUUGGCUUGUGGCCUUCUCAGGUUAGUUUGCCAUCAGCGCAGUUGCUGAGCUUGAUGCUCUUUUCAUUUUCAUCGAAGGCAUCAGCACACAGCCCUGCUUCCUGCAUUCUUUGGUGACCAGGAAGGUGCGAGAGAUCCUUCAUCCAGAGCCCAGUUGAGCGUGUUGCCACAAGCCGCAUACAGCACUGAUCACCUCCUGUAGGCGAUGAGGCUCCAUACAAUCUUAACAGGAGCCCUCAUGACUGGCAGGAUCAGGGGCUUGCAACAGGGCGACGAAUGCUGAUUACAAACUCUCCUCCUCCUGGCCUUUCUCCUGGAGUUGUGUGACAGCAAAUACCAUACCUACCCAAAGCACCUUUAUGUCAACAUAAAGGUAACAGAAUGGUUUUAACUUUUACCUUUCUCAAAAAAAAAAAAAAAAUUUAGCCUUUGAAUUGACUAUCCCCCAUGUCUGCAGUGACUUCCCACGCCACCUCUCUACCACUCAGAGUCACUUUGUUGUUGCUCAGUUUUUGAGAUAGAAUAUAAACUUUCUAAAAGUAGAGAUGAUCAUUUUUGUCUUUGUAUUUCCAGCAUAGUCCCUCGUAUCCUGGCACUUAACGGCUUGAUGCUUGAUAGAAAGGCAAAAAUGAACAUGGUUUAUAUUGAAUUGAAAUCUGAGAUGAAAACUAGCAAAAGAGCAUUUUGGUGUUGGAGUUCAGAUCUUUUGGCCCAGACUAAUGGCAUCCCAGAGGAUUGAUUUGAUUGUCAUGCAUAAUCUUUUUAAGAAAUUGAUGUGCCAGAAAUCAGAGCCUGGCAAAUGUCCCCAGUUUUCAGAAGGUUGGAUUCUGCUUCCAAUAUGUGUCUUGUAGGAUCAUGGACAAAUCCUUUAUCCUCCGAGCCUUAGUUGUUUAUCCGUAAAAUGGGAAUAAUGCCUGUAGUAUCUACCUCAGGGGGUGACUCUGAGGCUUAAAUGAGAUUAUGUAUAAUGCUUUGCAACCUCUAAAGCACCAUAUAAAUGCCAGUUGUCAUUAACAUUUAGCAUCCCAGGAGAAUAUUGGUGUUGAGAUGAGUUUUUAUUUCAGGGAGCAACUUAAGGUCAAAAACAUUGUGCAGUUUCUCAAAUGCAAUCCAAUCUGCUCUUUCAAAUUUGAGGCCUAACUGAUCAUCCAUCUGUAUACCCCAUCCAAGACAGAUGUACUUGAUUGACUCUCCCCUCAAUUGUAUUUCAGUCUGGACCAUUGGCAUUUUUCAUGUACUUGGCUUUUCCUUUAAGAAUUAUGCCGGCCUCCUUUGAGUUAACGGUAAAUGUCACUGAGGCAGAUCUGUUCUUUAUCACAUCAAGACCAAGAAUUCUAAAAUUUCAUCUGCCAAAGGAAACAUCUGGAAGAUUCAUCAUCUUUAAGGAUUUUGUUGUCCACUUGGUGUCUGCAUUGGACGUCCUCCGUAAUAGUGACAGGUUUGACCAGCGUGUUUUCUUCUUUUAUUCUUGACAGCACCAGAGAGGAUUGUUGAUCAAAGUUACCUGUGGUAUUAUUUACCAAGGAAUCUUAUAUAAACUCAGCAUGCAUGACAGACAACUUGAUGGAACAGAGAGCUUUUAAGAUAGUCACAGGAUCUUAUUUUAAGAAGAAAAUGGCAUUUAUAUAGCAUUUUAAGGUUUUCCAAAGCACUGAACCUAUUUUCUCAUCACAACCCUAUGAAGUGGGUUUUUAUGUUCUCCACAUUUUAUAGAAGAGGAAACUUUGAGUCAAGACAGAUUUAAGUGGGUCCUCCAGGGUCCUGCAGCUAGAAAGCAUUGGAGUUAAGAUUUGGACUCAAGUUUCUAAGGAUCUUAUUAUCAUCAACUUUGUGGCUGCUGUAGAAAAUUGUACAAAAUUGACUGUUCUGUUCAAUUUCCAACAAGGAUAAUCCUUUUACAUACGUGUAAAUCAUCUUCCUAUGGACUGCAUCAGAAAAUAUGAAUGGGAGUUAAUGAUGUCCUGUGUUGCCUUUGGGAGAGUUAUACUGCCUACAAAUUUCUGGUAAUUGUAAUGUCACAAAAGUUCUCGUUGGUGUCUCACAUUUUGGAGGUGAUCUUGAAGACAAUGCUAGAGAAGUGCCAGCUCACUUUGGAAUAAAACAGACAGGCUGUGAGGUGGUCCCAGUAAUAUCUAUUGUCUGUUAUCUUAGGACCAGGCCAUUGAAAUAUGGAGAGGCUUGUAUCACUCAAGAGACUGGCCAGUGGGGGAUACAUUUCUUGGUCAGGGCAACUUAUAAAAUGCAAAAUGGUCUUCAAAUCUUUUCUGGUUCCCUCCUUUAAAAAGUGGUUUUACAUAUUUAACAUGUAUUGGUCAACCUGCCAUCCCGGGGAGAGAAUGGGGGAAGGAGGGAAAAAAGUGGAACAAAAGGUUUGGCAAUUGUCAAUGCUGUAAAAUUACCCAUGCAUAUAACUUGUAAAUAAAAAGCUAUGAAAAAAAAUUUUUUUAAAAUGGUUUUAAUUCAACCUACCCUUCCCAGGAAGCACCCUGAUGAAUCUUCUUACAAAGCUGGUUUCUCAAAAAUGUGUUAAAUAAUAAUCAAAUGGUAUGAUUGUAACUGAUGGUAUAUUUCACUUUCCACUUUUGAAAUUGGCCAGUUACAUAUGCAUACUUCAACUUUAGUGGAAUAGUUCCAAUAUCAUCUGCUCUGUAUUUUAAGAUAUUUACACUGUAAAGUCAUGUAUUUUGUUCUUUUAUUCUGUAUCACACCAUACAGAUCCUUUCAUGUUUCUCUCAUUUCCUUCUAUUGUAAUUCCUUACAGUGCUGUGGUGUUUUAUUAAAUUGAUAUAUCAUA